AUGAGUUCAUCGAUACGUCUUAACCAAAUCUUACUUGUUGUCGUCUUCUAUUCAACUUUUCAAGUUGUUGACAAUAAAAUUCGCCAUCGUCGCCAAUAUUUUCAAAGUAAUCGUCUUCAACAGAUUCUAAUGUCUAAUCAGCAAUCUUAUCAAUAUCCAACGCCUGUAAAUGUAAUAAGCGGUGGUUCCUACAAUCCUGGUCAAUACGACACUUAUCCAGACCAUAGUUCCGAUUAUUAUCCGAAUCUCAACGACAUGCGACUGCCGUCGAGUAAUUUACAAAAUGGAAAUUCCUAUCCUUCAAAUCCUCGAGGUUUUUCAAAUCGUUUUAUAAUGAAUACCGCUCAAAUUCUCAGUAAUUCAUCAUUGUUCAUCAAAGUUCUUCUCGGUUUUUUUAUUCACAUACUCGCACUUCAACUUUUUUAA